AAAACACAAGUGGCAGCGCGAGGUUCACAGACAGCCAGCUAUCCAGAGAGGCAGAGUUUCGAUUGAGGAUUAAAAGGAACAUCAUCACAAUGCAGCGAUCCCUGCUGCUCCUGUCGCUGGCGGCGAUCGUCCUUAGUGCGGCGAUGGCCCUGCCCCUGAGUGUGGAGGAGUCCGCCGAGCGGGGCUCCAGCCUGGAGAGUGAGAUGGAGAUGGAAAAGGAGCUGGCAGAGAGUGUGGAGAGCGAAGAGAUAUUGAAGACAGGCUGGGACAGCAGCGAAGGCACUGUGCCCAAGGCCAUCGUCAAGCGAUCCCCCGAGGAGGCGGCAGCCAAGGACGCCAGCAGUUCCUCGGAGGAGCAUGGAAAGGACAAGGACAAGGACAAGGACAAGGCGAAGGCCAAGGCGGACAGCUCCGGCGAGUCUUCUGAGGAGGCGAAGAAGAAGGAGCAACCGGCAGAGGCCGAGCCGGAAAAGGCCGGCAGAAGAAGACGCCAGGCGAUCAAGGAUCCGCAGAGCGUUGAGAAUGUGAAUGAUGAGGCGGAUGAGUAUGUGGAUCCGCCCGGUCAGGACAGUCAGGCUGAAAAGGAGGAUGGUGCUGCACUUGACGUCCUGCCACCAGACAACACCAGCAUCGAAGACUACGCCCAAGGCUGCGAGGUGAUGGAGGUGAACUCCAAGGAGGCCAACGAGACGACCUACUUCGAAUAAGCCCGCACGUUUAGCAUUAAGUAGAUUUAAAAUAAACUAGAAAAAAAGUCCCACACAGG